CGGGAGGGAAAGCGAUAGCUGUGGGGGCUUUUCUCUUCUUCCCUAACACUUGAAACAAUGGACUGAAAAGGGAACAUGGAUUGAGGGGGGCGAGCGGGGAAGCGAGCUGCACAGGGGAAUCAUGACUUCUGUCGCUGAGAUUAAGAAGCCACCAGUGGCCCCCAAGCCAAAGUUUGUGAUGGCAAAUAAUAAGCCAGCUCCACCUCCCAUUGCUCCUAAACCUGACAUUGUGAUUUCUAGUGCUCCACAGCCAACAAAGAAAACCAAGCCGGCAAUAGCCCCAAAACCAAAAGUUCUAAAGGACUCACCUGUUCGAGACAUAAGGCUAUCACCAUCAAGGAAAAACACUAUGAACCUGGAAGAGCACAAACAGAAAGCACCUGAAAAUGCUGAUGACUUUAAUUGUAAAAAUGUAGGGAACCAGAGCAGUGAUUUUAUUUUACCGGUGUGCUCCUGCAGCUCUGAAUGUGUCCAUAAGCUUGGGAAUAGAGGGAAUUCAUGUGUAAAGCAGCUUGUUUUAGAAUCCCUAGAAAUGCAUGAAAAUUUAGAAAAUAGUAAAAUUGAUGAGUUCUCUUUAACUAUAAAAACUAGGAAUCAAUGUGAUUCUCAUGGUGAAACGAUACAGAGCCAGAGUGGAGUAGUUUUAAAGGCAAGCAUCCUAGAAGAGAAUCUCAAAGAUGUUUUAACACAAGGAAUGUCACCUUUUAGCUCACCACAGAAGCACAGAUCCACAGACAGCCCAGAAAUGAAUGGUGGCUGUAAUUUGAACGAGCAAUUCAGAAUUGAAUUUACUGAUUUGUCACCAUCCUUAUCCAGCUUUGAGAAAGUCCCUGAUGAUCACCACCUCCUACAGCCUGUGAGUGAUGAAUUUCAAAUUGUUGAAACUUGUCAGGAUGGUAAUAGAAAAAGCAGUAGUUGCUUUCAUUCAUCCAAACAAGAAGCUCUGGAAAAUGGCAAAAAGAAUAAUUUUAUAUCUUCAGAUGGAGUUAGUAAGAAGAUGGAAGUUAAAGACAUUGGUCCCUUAGAAAUUCACUUAGUACCAUAUACCAAAAAAUUCCCAACUCCCAAGCCCAGAAAGACACGCACUGCUCGUCUGAUACGCCAAGAGUAUAUAGAUGCUCCUAGUGAAAGUACUGAGGAACCAGAGAAUUCAGACAGUAACUCUUCUUGUCUUAUUGAAGACAAUUUGAAGAACAAUAAAAUUAGCGUUCUUCAUCAGAAUGUUUUGUGUAACCAGGAACAGGUGGAUAAAGUGAAGCAAGGAAGUAAAAAUGAAUUGAAUCUGGACUCUGACUGUGACAGACAGGACUUAGCCAAUUCACAGAAAGCUGUGUGUCCUGAAACUUCUUCCUUUGAAAAAAUGGCACCUCCUUUAGAGACAGACUCCUGUUUGAGUUCUGACAGCAAGACAGUAGAUGGCUGUAAUAUGUCACUUGCUAUGGACAAUGGGACCGGUAUUAUAAGAUGCAGUACUCUAUCUGUAAGCCUGCCUAAGCAACUCAAAUUAACUUGUAAUGAACAUUUGCCUACUGCGUAUAACCCAGGAGUGUGUGCUCCUCAAAUGCAAAAGGAAUCUACAGUAAAGGAUGAAAGUUCUUCAAGGAUUAUUCCCAAAAAGCCUCAAAGACACAGCUUGCCUGUUGCGGGGGUGCUUAAAAAGGCUGCCUCAGAGGAGCUUGUGGAGAAAAGUUGUUAUCCCUUAAAUGAGGAAAAAAAUUUAGAGAAGAAUCUAGAAAGCAAUCACGUUCAGCAUUUGGGUGCUCCAAACAAUGGUAUGUCAUCGUCCUUUGAUGUGCCCAAACGGGCUUCAGAAAAGCCAGUGUGGAAAUUACCUCAUCCUAUUUUACCCUUUUCAGGGAACCCAGAAUCCUUAAAGUCUGUGAGGAUGUCCUCAAAUAGUGAGCCCUCAAGUUCCCUAACCAAGCCUAGAGCAAAGUCAUUAUCUGCUGUGGAUGCAGAAAGGAGCACUAAGCCUUGCAAAGACUCUCAAAAGAAAAACUCUUUGAAGAAGUUGCUCAACAUGAAGUUGUCCAUCUGUUUCAUGAAGAGUGAUUUUCAGAAAUGUUGGUCCAAGAGUAGCCAACUUGGAGACAUGAGCACUGGUAACGUCUGUGGUGGGGACCGGAAGAGGAUUGAAAGUGAUUGGCAUGGCUUGUUGGCAGGAGAAGAAAAGAGAAGUAAACCCGUUAAGGCGUAUUCUGCAGACAACUACAGCCUGGAAUCUCAAAAGAAGAGAAAGAAGUCUCGGGUCCAGACCAGCAUGGCCAAUAGUCCUAGAGCUGAGUCUUUGGAUGACCAAAUUCUCUCUAGGGAAUCAUCGUCUCAGGCUGCUUGCAAAUCUGUUAGAAGUGCCUGUGCACCGGAGUAUGAAAAUAUACACCAUUAUAAGGAAAUACCAGAGUAUGAGAACUUGCCAUUUAUUAUGGUUAUAGGGAAAACUCCAGAGUUUGAAUGUCACAAUUCCAGCAACAUGGAGGACACCGAUGCAAAUGUGUAUGAGGUAGAAGACCCUUAUGAAGCUCCUGCUAGCCAGCUGCAACUUGGACCCAGACUUCAGCACUGCAGUUCUGGAGCAUCCCAGGAGGGACACAAUGAUCUGGACCUGGGUCUGGAUGACCUUCCCUCAGAUGAGGAGGAAGUCAUCAACAGUUCUGAUGAAGAUGAUGUCAGCUCUGGUUCUAGUAAAGGAGAGUCUGACCCACUGGAAGACAAACAGGGUGAAGAUACUGGAACGAAAUGUAAAGUUCAUCAUAUCGCCAAGGAGAUCAUGAGCUCGGAGAAAGUGUUUGUGGAUGUGUUAAAACUUUUGCAUAUCGAUUUUCGGGAUGCAGUAGCUCAUGCUUCCAGGCAGCUUGGAAAACCAGUGAUUGAGGACCGAAUCCUGAAUCAGAUCCUAUACUACCUGCCUCAGCUGUAUGAACUCAACCGGGAUCUCCUAAAGGAACUGGAGGAAAGAAUGUUGAACUGGACUGAACAACAAAGAAUUGCUGAUAUCUUUGUAAAGAAGGGACCCUAUUUAAAAAUGUAUUCCACAUAUAUCAAAGAAUUUGAUAAGAACAUAGCUUUGCUGGAUGAGCAGUACAAGAAAAACCCAGGUUUUGCUGCUGUUGUUAGAGACUUUGAGAUGAGCCCACGCUGCGCCAAUCUGGCCCUCAAGCACUACCUGCUCAAGCCUGUUCAGAGGAUCCCCCAGUACAGGCUGCUGCUGACAGAUUAUUUGAAGAAUCUCUUAGAAGACUCUGGAGAUUACAGAGACACUCAAGAUGCCCUUGCUGUUGUCAUAGAGGUAGCCAACCAUGCCAAUGACACUAUGAAGCAAGGAGACAACUUUCAGAAACUUAUGCAAAUUCAGUACAGCUUAAAUGGACACCAUGAAAUAGUGCAGCCUGGACGGGUCUUUCUGAAAGAAGGAACUUUGAUGAAGCUAUCCCGGAAAGUCAUGCAGCCCCGAAUGUUUUUCCUGUUUAAUGACGCCCUGUUGUAUACAACGCCAGUGCAGUCUGGGAUGUUCAAACUAAACAACAUGCUCUCAUUGGCUGGAAUGAAGGUCAGAAAACCCACCCAAGAAGCGUAUCAGAAUGAACUAAAGAUUGAAAGUGUAGAACGUUCCUUUAUUCUCUCAGCCAGUUCUGCCACAGAAAGGGAUGAAUGGCUAGAAGCGAUUUCCAAGUCAAUAGAAGAGUAUGCCAAGAAAAGAAUCACGUUCUGUCCUAGUAGGAGUCUUGAUGAGGCCGACUUGGAAAAUAAAGAGGAAGUUAGUCCCCUUGGAUCAAAGGCUCCCAUCUGGAUUCCUGAUACCAGAGUCACAAUGUGUAUGAUCUGCACAAGCGAAUUCACUCUGACCUGGAGACGACACCAUUGCCGUGCCUGCGGAAAGAUUGUAUGUCAAGCUUGUUCAUCAAAUAAGUAUGGUUUAGAUUACCUGAAAAAUCAACCAGCAAGAGUAUGCGAACAUUGUUUCCAAGAACUGCAGAAAUUAGAUCACCAGCACUCCCCUAAAAUUGGAUCUCCGGCAAAUCACAAAUCUCCUUCAAGUGCCUUAUCAUCAGUCUUACAUAGUAUUCCAUCAGGGAGGAAACAGAAAAAAAUCCCAGCUGCUCUCAAAGAAGUAUCAGCAAACACAGAGGAUUCUUCUAUGAGUGGCUACUUGUACAGAUCAAAGGGCAAUAAAAAACCUUGGAAACAUUUGUGGUUUGUCAUAAAAAAUAAAGUGCUGUAUACAUACGCUGCAAGUGAGGAUGUGGCAGCUUUGGAGAGUCAACCUUUAUUAGGAUUCACUGUUACUCAAGUCAAAGAUGAGAAUUCAGAGUCUAAAGUGUUUCAGUUACUGCACAAAAACAUGUUAUUUUACAUAUUCAAAGCAGAAGAUGCUCACUCAGCUCAGAAGUGGAUAGAAGCAUUUCAGGAAGGCACAAUAUUAUAGCAGUAUCGGUUUCAUCUCUUCUAUGAUUCCACAUGGGUGGAAUUUCAUCAGAAUGGAGUAAAGGCAGUACAAAAAUUUUAUAAAAUGAGACAUUGCCAGGAUAAAUCCAGCCAAACUGUUUGUCCAAUGUAAGAAAUUAUUUUGUUAGGUAUAAGGUAAUUUUCUAAAUGUUUAUUUUUUUCAUCUAUGUUAUUUAUUAAAAUUUUGAUGUUUACUUAAUGGUCAGAAUUAUUUCUGAGACUCACACUGAAUUCUAAAGUACCUUUUCUUUGGAGACCAGAAAACUUACUUUAAUGUCAUAUACUGUAUUAACCAUUUGUGACACAGUCCACACUGUUUUUUCUACCUUACGUUGUAACAUUCUUACAAGUGGUAAAUCUCUGUAAGUAAAAAGCACAUAUCAAAGGGCAAAUUUCCAUGCAGUGCUUGGUUCAGAAAUAAUGAUUAUUAUAAAACUGUUGAUGAAAAAAAUGCAUGUCUUUGAAUCAGUACAAUAAACUAGAUGAAUUUUUGUAUCUUUUAAUGGAAAAAUGCAUGAUCAGCUUCUACCUCAGUGACUGUGAAAUGGAAUUCCAGUAAAUUAUCUGAAGUUUUUCUACUGUUACAUACCUCUUUUGGCCAGAGUUAAUGUUGUAUCAUCAAGGAAUUAUAGCAAAGGGCUAGAAAUUGAAUGUAUUUUUAACUGAAUUGUGAGUAGGAAUGAGGAUGUUUUCAUGUGCAGAGGAACAAAAAUAAUCAACUUUAUGGGUGUUUAAAAAAAAGAGCCCUGGUAGUAAGACAGUUAAGCAUUCGGCUGCUAACAGAAAGGUUAGCUGUUUGAACCUGCCCGCGGCUCUUUGGGUGAACGACCUGGCUAUCUGCUCCUAGAAAGACUGUAGCUUAGAAAACCGUAUGAGGCAGUUCUACUCUGUCACAUGGGGUAGUUGUAAGUCAAAAUUGCCUCAACAACACGUAACAACAACAGCAACAACAAUAGGGGCUUUUAAAGCCAUCAAGCUCAACACAAACAUAAAUGUAUUAUUUAAAAAAAAAAAUAAAAAAUAUGGCAAGUAUUAUG